GCGGGACUCACCCCAGGAGCCGGUGCCGGGAACAGAGGCCUGGGACUGGAGAUGGGGACGCGCUGGGCCACCCCGGGCCGAGCGACGGGGCUACUAGUGCUGUUGCUGCGGUGCUUCGGGCUUGCGGAGCCUUUCGAGCGCUCAGGUAAUGACCCAUUCACCAUCGUCAACGAAAACACGGGCAAGUGCAUCCAGCCACUGGCUGACUGGAUCGUGGCACAGGACUGUAGUGACUCUGGAAACAUGUUAUGGAAGUGGGUGUCCCAGCACCGUCUCUUUCACCUGGAAUCCCAGAAGUGCCUUGGCCUAGAUAUUACCAAAGCUACGGACAACCUGCGGAUGUUCCGCUGUGACUCCAGUGUCAUGCUGUGGUGGAAAUGUGAGCACCAUUCUCUGUACACUGCCGCCCAGUACAGGCUGGCUCUGAAAGAUGGAUAUGCCACAGCCAGUACCAAUUCAACUGCUGUCUGGAAGAAGGGAGGCUCCAGGGAGAGCCUUUGUGACCAGCCUUACCAUGAGAUAUAUACCAGAGAUGGGAACUCCCACGGGAGACCUUGUGAAUUUCCGUUCUUAGUUGGCGAGACGUGGCACCAUGACUGUGUUCGUGAUGAAGAUCACAGUGGGCCCUGGUGUGCCACUACCCUAAAUUACGAAUAUGAUCAAAAGUGGGGCAUCUGCUUAACAGCAGAAAACGGCUGUGAGGGUAAUUGGGAAAAGAAUGAGCAGAUUGGAAGUUGCUACCAAUUUAAUACUCAGGAAGUUGUUUCUUGGAAAGAAGCUUAUGUUUCCUGUCAGAACCAAGGAGCUGACUUACUGAGCAUCCACAGUGCUGCUGAAUUAGCGUAUAUUACGGGAAAAGAAGGCAUUGCUAGAAUUGUUUGGAUUGGACUGAAUCAGCUCUAUUCUGCGAGAGGUUGGGAAUGGUCAGACUUCAAGCCACUAAAAUUUCUUAACUGGGAUCCAGACACACCCAAUGCACCCAUGAUAGGUGGAGCAAGCUGCGCCCGGAUGGACACAGAGUCGGGGCUGUGGCGGAGUGUUUCCUGUGAAGCUCAGCAGCCCUAUGUCUGCAAGAAGCCAUUGACCAACACGGUGGAGCUCACAGAUGUUUGGACGGAUUCAGAUACCCACUGUGAGGUGGGCUGGCUGCCCAAUAAUGGAUUUUGCUAUCUGCUGGCAAAUGAAAGUGGUUCCUGGGAUGCAGCCCAUUUGAAAUGCAAAGCCUUCGGAGGUGACCUCAUCAGCAUCCAUUCCUUAGCAGAUGUCGAGGUGGUUGUCACAAAACUCCAUAGUGGGGAUGUCAAAGAAGAAAUAUGGACAGGCCUUAAGAACAUAAACAGCCCCACUUUGUUCCAGUGGUCAGAUGGUACGGAAGUCACUCUAACGUACUGGAGCGAGAAUGAGCCGAGUGUUCCCUACAACAAGACUCCCAACUGCGUUUCCUAUUCAGGAAAGUUAGGUCAGUGGAAAGUCCAGUCCUGUGACAAGAAACUCAGAUAUGUAUGCAAGAAAAAGGGAGAAGUAACCAGUGAUACAAGGUCUGAUAAACUGUGUCCUCCAGAUGAGGGCUGGAAAAGACAUGGAGAAACCUGUUACAAAAUUUACGAGAAGGAGGCCCCUUUUGGAACGAACUGCAAUUUGACCAUCACCAGCAGAUUUGAACAGGAAUACUUGAAUGAUAUGAUGAAGAAGUAUGACAAGUCCCUUCAGAAGUACUUCUGGACGGGCCUGAGAGAUGCCGAUGCCCGAGGAGAGUACAGUUGGGCCAUCACUGGUGGAGUAAAGCAGGCUAUGACCUUUUCCAACUGGAAUUUUCUUGAACCAGCAUCUCCAGGUGGGUGUGUGGCUAUGUCUACCGGAAGGACUCUUGGCAGGUGGGAAGUGAAAAACUGCAAAAGCUUCAGAGCACUUUCAAUAUGCAAGAAAAUGAGGGGACCCCAGGAGCCCAAGGAAGCAGUCCCGAAGCCCGAUGGCCCCUGUCCUCAAGGCUGGCUCACUUUCCCCUCCAGUCUUUCUUGUUAUAAGGUGUUCCAUAUAGAAAGAACGGUAAGAAAGAGGAACUGGGAAGAAGCUGAAAGAUUCUGCCAAGCGCUUGGAGCACACUUACCCAGCUUCAGCCAUACGGAUGAAAUAAAGGACUUCGUUCGCUUGUUAACGGACCUGUUCAGUGGGCGGCGUUGGUUGUGGAUUGGUCUCAAUAAAAGAAGCCCCGAUUUACAAGGGUCCUGGCAGUGGAGCGAUCGUACACCGGUGUCUACUGUUAUCAUGGAGCAGGAGUUUCAACAGGAUUAUGACAUCAGAGACUGUGCUGCUAUCAAGGUAUAUGACCAUCCUUGGCGAAGAAGCUGGUAUUUCUUCGAUGACAGAGAAUUUGCUUAUUUGAAGCCUUUUGCUUGUGAUGCAAAGCUUGACUGGGUGUGUCAGAUUCCAAAAGGUAGCACUCCCCAAACACCAGACUGGUACAAUCCAGAGCGCACUGGAAUUCAUGGGCCCCCAGUCAUAAUUGAAGGAAGCGAAUACUGGUUUGUUGACGAUCCCCACUUAAACUACGAAGAAGCCGUCCUGUACUGUGCCAGCAAUCACAGCUUUCUUGCCACGAUAACAUCUUUUACAGAACUGAAAGCCAUCAAAAACAAAAUAGCAAAUAUAUCUGGUGAAGAACAGAGGUGGUGGGUGAAGACAAGCUCGGAUCCAAUGGAUCAUUACUUCCCGAGAUCACGAUUCUCGUGGCACCGAUUUUCCAUCCCACUUGGAGAUGAAUGCUUGUACAUGUCAGCCAAGAUGUGGCUUCUUGACUUAAGUAAACGAGCAGACUGUAACGAAAAGUUGCCAUUCGUCUGUGAAAAAUAUAAUGUAUCUUCAUUAGAGAAAUACAGUCCAGAUUCUGCAGCUAAAGUACAGUGCACCGGGAAAUGGAUUCCUUUUCGGAACAAGUGCUUUUUGAAGAUCAACUCCGAGCAGCCCGUUACAUUUUCUCAAGCAAAUAGCACUUGCCUGACCUAUGGUGGCACCCUGCCUUCAGUGCUGAGCAAGAGUGAACAAGAUUUUAUUACAUCCUUGCUUCCGGAAAUGCAAACUAGUUUGUGGAUUGGUCUGCGCUGGAGUGCCUAUGAUAGAAUAAACAAAUGGACAGAUGGCAGAGACCUGACCUACAGUAAUUUUCACCCGUUGCUGGUUGGUCGGAGGCUGAGUAUACCAGCAAAUUUCUUUGAUGAAGAGUCUCACUACCACUGUGCCCUGAUUCUCAAUCUCAAAAAGUCACCGCUUACUGGGACCUGGAAUUUUACUUCCUGCUCCGAACGCCAUUCUCUGUCUCUCUGUCAGAAGUACUCAGACACUGAAGACGGACAGCCCUGGGAGACUAAUUCGGAAACUGUAAAAUAUCUAAAUAACCUGUACAAAAUCGUCUCGAAGCCUCUGACUUGGCACGGUGCUCUGAAGGAGUGUCUGAAGGAGAACAUGCGGCUGGUGAGCAUCACAGACCCAUACCAGCAGGCCUUCCUGUCCGUGCACGCCACCCUGCGCAACUCCUCCUUCUGGAUCGGACUCUCCAGCCAAGAUGAUGGGCUCAACUUCGAUUGGUCAGAUGGAAAACGUCUUCAUUUUAGUAACUGGGCUGCCAACAACGAGAAGCUUGAUGACUGUGUGAUCUUAGACACGGAUGGAUUCUGGAAAACAGCCGACUGUAAUGAUAACCAACCUGGUGCCAUUUGCUACUAUCCAGGAAAUGAGACUGAAAAGGAGGUCAAACCAUCAGACAGUGCUAAGUGUCCGUCUCCUGUGCAGAACACUCCAUGGAUAGCAUUUCAGAACUCAUGCUACAAUUUCGUGAUAACGAAGAAUAGACAUAAGACAAUCACACAGAAGGAAGUGCACUCUAUGUGCCAGCAACUGCAUUCAAAAGCACAUAUUCUGAGUAUUCGAAAUGAAGAGGAGAAUACCUUUGUUAUGGAGCAGCUUCUGUACUUCAAUUACAUUGCCUCAUGGGUCAUGUUAGGAAUAACCUAUGAAAACAACUCUUUGAUGUGGUUUGAUAGGACCGCAUUGUCGUACACACACUGGAGAGCGGGAAGACCAGCUGUGAAAAACCACAAAUUUUUGGCUGGUCUAAGUACUGAUGGCUUCUGGGAUAUUCAGUCCUUCAAUAAUAUUGAAGAAACAAUUCGUUUUUACCAGCAAAGCAUUUUAGCUUGUAAAAUCGCAAUGGUUGACUACAAGGAAGAACACAAUAGCACACUGCCAGAGUUCAUUCCGUAUGAGGAUGGCAUCUAUAAUGUUAUUCAGAAAAAGGUGACGUGGUACCAAGCAUUGAGCAUGUGCUCUCAAAGUGGAGGACACUUAGCAAGUGUUCACAACACAAACGGGCAGUCCUUUCUGGAAGACAUUGUGAACCGUGAUGGAUUCCCUCUCUGGGUUGGGCUCUCGAGUCAUGAUGGGAGUGAAUCGAGCUUCGAGUGGGCCGAUGGCAGUGCAUUUGACUACACCCCAUGGAAAAGCCAAGGAUCUCCUGGAAACUGUGUCGUCUUAGAUCCGAAAGGAAUUUGGAAACAUGAAAAAUGCCUGUCUGUUAAGGAUGGAGCUAUUUGUUACAAGCCUACAAAAUCUAAAGAGCUGUCACCUCAUGUACACUCAUCAAAGUGUCCAACGGCGAAAAGGAAUGGUUCCCAGUGGGUCCAGUAUGGGGAUCACUGUUACUCGACUGACCAAGCAUUGCACAGCUUUUCGGAGGCCAAACAGUUGUGUCAGGAACUUGAUCAAUCUGCGAACGUUGUCACCAUAGCAGAUGAAAAUGAGAAUAAAUUUGUGAGCAGGUUGAUGAGGGAGAAUUAUAAUAUAACUAUGAGAGUUUGGCUUGGAUUAUCUCAACAUUCACUCGAUCAGUCUUGGAGUUGGUUAGAUGGAUUAGAUUCGACAUUUGUCAAAUGGGAAAAUAAAAGUAAGAAUGGUGAUGGAAAAUGUAGCAUUUUAAUAGCUUCAAAUGAAACCUGGAAAAAAGUUGAAUGUUCACGUGGUUAUGCGAGAGUUGUCUGCAAAGUUCCUCUGAGUUCGGAUUACAGGGGCAUAGCCAUCCUGUUCGCUGUGCUCUGUGUCUUAGCGCUCAUCAGUGGACUGAUUUGGUUCCUCGUGCAAAAAAACCAUUUCCGCUGGACUGGCUUGUCCUCUGUUCGGUACGAACAUGGAGCCAAUGAAGAUGAGGUGAUGCUCCCUCCUUUCCACGACUAACUUCUUCCAAGAGUUGUUCGUUGGCACCAAUGUUCCAGAAGAAAGAUGAGCCGCUGAACAUUGCCCCACGAUCAGUGUUUACUCUGUUUCAAAGUAGAAGUCUUAGGGACGCUUUUAGUUGGUGAGUUGCUCAGCUGAGGCGCAUAAUUCCUUAACCCGCUAACCGCCACGCUAAUGACUCCAGUUACCAGAGCAGACAGGUCUUAAAGCCAAAAUGGAGGUUCAAAUUGUUUAUAGGGGGAUAAACUCAACCAAUGUGAAUUGUGUCUGUUAGAGUGCAGUCGCAAGCCGGGCAGUGGUGGCGCAUGCCUUUAAACCCAGCACUCUGGAGGCAGAGGCAGGUGGAUCUCUGUGAGUUCGAGGCCAACCUGGUCUACAGAGCGAGAUCCAGGGCAGGCUCCAAAACUACACAGAGAAACCCUGUCUCGGGAAAAAAAAAAAAUGCGGUUGCUAAGUAGAUAUGUGCAUAUCUUAAUAGCGCUUUAACAGCUUCCUAGAAAAUUAAAGCUGUCAAUACUACUAGGCUCCACGUGUACCUUUUAAUUUAUAUGAGCAUCUGGCCAAAGGCAAAGUUAGUACCUCAGGCAAAAACUCAACUAGAAAUAAGAUCAAUGAUGUUUCCAAAAUAGCCUUUUAUGGCACUGGGAAAAAAAUACUUAAUAAGGCAUACUUUAUACACAGAAAAUGGAGCCUCUUGGAAGAUGUUUCUUAUAUUAUUUUGAAGAUAUUUAUACCAAUAUUAAUUAAUUGUUAUGUUUUCUGUUUAUAAUUACUCAUAUUCAGUGGGGUUUUUUUUAUUUUGUUUUGUGAAAACAGUUUAAUGUUUCCUAAAGUGUGGGAAUGUUACUGGUAAAUUGACUAGGCAUGCUGUAUCAGCAUGGCUUGUGUUUGAUGAUUUUCUUUUUUACAAGGACCCAACUACAGAUGAGACUUGAACUUACAGUUUAUAAUUUUCACACAGCACAUCAAUUUUUGAUGAAUGUGUUAUUUUGUUGCCUUUUUACCCCAGCAAAACAUAAAAGUGGUCUUUGAAUGGUAUUUGCUAACUUUGUAUUUGUAAAAAUGACAGCUUCUAAGACCAUGAAACUUGAAACUUUGUGAUUAAUGUGGAAAUAUUUAAAACCUAAGUGACUAGGAAAAUAUUAUUUUGUGGGUGUAAUUUCCAUUUUAAGACCCGGAAUAUAUUCUACAAGUCACGUCCACUAAAUAGGGUGACUGUUUUAUUCAGUGUUUAACUCAUAUUUAUACUUUAGAAUAUUUUUGUACGAGAUCCAGAUUUAUUUUGUUUGAGGUGUUUAUACUAUCAUAAAGUUGUAAAUAAUUUUCUAAGACUGUUUUAAUAUGGUCUACAAAUGUUCUAAAUAUUUUUAUUGAGGCGUCUUUUAAAUAAUCAUUAAGAGUGUCUUCAGAGAACUAAACCAAUACAAUGUGACUACAGCUGUGUAUAAAGCUGAUGCCGUGGUAAAGUUGUCUUGCCUUUUAAAAGUGUUGGAGUUGAUCCGUGCAUGCAAAAGCAUCUCUGAACUAGGUUUGACUGUAUACCAUGUCUAGUAUGAUGAGAAAGUGUCCAGCUAUUGCAAAUUGAGGUAUUAAAGAUUUUGCAAGCACUAUUUAAAGAAUAAAUCUCUAUAUAUAUCUCUAAACGA